AUGAGGUUGUGGGAGAUGCUAUGGACACACUAUUUGUCUAAACACUUGCACUUGUAUGUAUGUGUUGCAAUCUUGAAGGGGUACCGUGACAAUAUAAUGGGAGAGCAGAUGAGUUUUGACACACUCCUGAAAUUCAUAAACGAGCUGAGAGGACAGAUCGACCUGGACGCAAUCCUCAGGGAUGCACAGGCUCUGUGCAUAUGUGCCGGUGAGAAUGGUGCAGCUAGUAUCCCACCAGGAACUCCACCUUCAUUGCCAAUUGACAGUGGUUUACUAUACCCACAACAAGACGAUGUUUUAUGA